AUGCUCAGAAAAGAAUUAGAAAAAAUUGCUUUACUAUUACUGUCUGGUACAGUUCUGGUAAAUGCAGCUCCAGUUGAUGUAUUCGUCACUGAAUAUGCAGCUCCAGUUUUUGUGACUGUUGCUCCUCCUGGUGCCAACGAGUUUAGUACUCAAUGGCCUGGCCAGUCGUACACUACCACAUUAUGGCCAAGUGCUCCUAGUCCAGCACCCCCUGCUGCUGCUCCUCCUGCUCCUGCGCCUCCUGCCUCAGCACCCCCUGCUCCAGCACCCCCCGCUCCUGCCCCCCCUGCUUCUGUAUCUCCUACUCCAGCACCUCCUGCUCCAGCGCCUCCCGCUCCAGCACCCCCUGCUGCUUCACCUCCUCAGCCCGCUCCACCUGCUGUAACGCCAAAUCCCCCACCUGCACCUUCUCCUCCAGCUCCCACUACAAGCACCAGCUUGCCCCCUCCACCAGCCCCUUCUCCUACUACUACAUCAAUCCCACCUCCUCCCCCAGCUCCUUCACCCAGUACUACUACUAGUACUCCACCCCCUCCACCUCCACCACCAGCUCCUGCUCCUACAACUUCCACACCACCACCUCCUCCACCACCACCAGCUCCCACUACUUCUACUCCACCUCCUCCGCCAGCUGCCUCCAAGCCGCCUGGAUACAUCCCUCCAAUUCCUGGUCAAAACGGAAUUCCUGCUAUUUCCAAUCCUGUUUCUCCAAUUCUUCCCGAAACGAUCGUUUAUAGUCCUUACAACAACGAUGGCUCUUGCAAAGCUGCUGACGUUGUAAGUCAAGAUCUUGCUCUGAUUGCUUCACGUAAUAUUCCUUCAAUCAGAGUUUAUGCAACUGACUGUAACUCGCUACAAAAUGUCCAGCCUGCCGCUCAAGCUCUUGGUCUGAAGAUUAAUCAGGGAUUCUGGAUCGACAACUCUGGCGUGGAUUCCAUUGACCAAAGUGUAUCCGAUGUUAUCUCUUAUGGUCAAGCUAAUGGUUGGGAUAUCUUCAAAGUUAUAACCGUCGGAAACGAGGCCGUUUUGAGUGGAUACUGUAGUGCCAGUGAUCUUUAUCAAAAGAUCCUUUCGGUCAAGUCACAACUACGAGGUGCUGGAUAUAACGGCCCUGUCACAACAGCCGAAGUACCUGACACUUACCAAGCUAAUCCAGAGUUGUGUGGUACUGAUGCUGUUGAUUACGUCAGUGUAAACUCGCACUCUUACUUCAAUCCCGGAGUUGCUGCUUCUGGUGCGGGACAGUUUGUAUUGAGUCAACAACAACUUACUCAACAGUAUUGUAACAGAAACGAUGUCACUAUUUCUGAGACCGGUUAUCCCCACACUGGUGAUGUUAAUGGAUUAAAUGUUCCAUCACCUGAUAACCAACGUGCUGCUAUUGAAAGCUUGCUCCAAGCCUUUAACGGUCAAAUUACUAUUUUAACAACAUACGAUGACUAUUGGAAGCAACCUGGUCCCUACAAUAUUGAGCAACAUUUUGGAGCUAUCUCACUUUUUAAUUAG